UGGAGCAACUACAGUCCGAAAGUCAGUACCAAUAGUGCCGCGCCGCGCACAGCACGCGUCAAAAUGGCCGCCACAGUCGAAACUAGUUGGAAACAGAAGGUGGUCGACUCGAUAGAGAUCCCAAUCCUGACAAGAUGCUGCUUUUGUUUUCCACUACGGAAAGGACUUAUCGCCUUCGCAUAUGGAAACCUGAUCCUGACACUAGUAGUGACAGGUUUCCUGUCGUUCUACAUCUCGUACUUGCGGAAUGAGGGCAUCACGGACCCGUCGGAGUUUCCCCGUCUCAUAGCAGACACUACAGCGCUGGUGAUGGAGACCGUUAUGACUGUGGCGUUCAUCGUUGCGUUACAUAAGAAACACGUGGUGCUGAUGAAGGUGUACCUGUACUUCGAGAUCGUGUUCUCCAUCAUUGGCUUCGCGUAUAGCCUGGCGUUCAUGACCAAGGAGACGGCCAGCGAACUGUUCCUCAUACUCUUCCAGCUCAUGCUCCAGAUCUACCUAGUAAUCCUAAUUUGGAGCUCAAUCGUCAAGAUGGAGCGAGACGGCACCGUCAAGUACACGAGAGAAAGAGAUCCCGUCUAACCUGCGUCGGGCUUGGCUUUCGACAUGCUGCAUCUCUUUCCUUCCCCAUGAUA